AUGAACACCUCCAGUCACCACGAAGUAGAAGAAGUCCCCCAUGCCAGCGGCCGGAUCGAUUUGUGCCGCUUCGAGAUGCAGCGUCGUCCACGGCGGAGCGAUUCCGAAUGGGUCGACCAGUCAACAUGCUUUCCUCAUCGGAGCGGCUCGUUCGCCAUGCUGCAGCCUCGCUUGACCCUUUUGUAUCAUCUCGGCUACCAGUCGCAAGAGAAUAUACGCACAGCGCGGGACCAGAGCAAUCAGUGGGACCUCAUUCCACUCCACCCCGUGAGCGCACAGCCUUCAGAUGCAUCCCGACACUUGCUAACGCUCAUGGCAGCACCCGUAGUCACGAUUCACCCGAGUCCUGUUACCGAGCGGCAAGUCAGUCGAGGCGCCGUCUGGUCGGUGGGUGGUCUUGCCCCCUUGGGCCACCCCGUCGACGAUGGGCGUGGCCACAUGAUCCGCUCAGGCACUCACGCUCAGGUCUACACCACGCCUGUCUCGCGCGGCAAGUCAACACUGCAGGGCGACUCGGAGCUUUACCAAGGUCGCAUUGCAAGAGCUCUCAAUAUCGACCGCGUCCGCAAGAUCCUCGACUUCAGCGGCCGCUCCACUUCACCUCAAGCAUCGCGAGACGCCAAUGGACGCUUGACGAAAAUGGAAGCAGAGACAAAGUGGAAUGGCGUAGGGUGGGUGAGCGCCAAGGAGACUGAAGGUGAUAUUUCUGGACAAAGUCAAGGUCUUGUGGCUGAUGGCUAUAACAGGCGCUCGAUCACGGAAGCCUACAAGCUAUCGUACCUUACCAGCCCCUCCUUUUAG